AUGAUCAAAGGGAGCUGUGCCUGCGGGCGCGUCCAAUAUGAGACUCAAGCUCAGCCCCUUGGCCUGACAGCCUGUCACUGCGUCACUUGUCAACGCGUUUCAGGUGGACCGUAUCUAGGAUUCGUUGCUAUUCCUGCGUCGGCAGUCAAAUGGAAACAGCAGCCAGAUAUCUGGUAUGCGAGUGACAUUGCGGAGCGCGGCCACUGCAAGUCCUGUGGCUCUGCGGUCUUCAUGCGGUACUUUUUCGAGGCAGAUCGCACUGAGGUGACUCUGGGAACAGUGGUCGGGGCCGAACCUGCUCUCCCAGCCUUGGGGGCACACAUCUUCCUAAAGGACAAAGCACAGUAUCUUGUUCUUGCAGAUGACGGAGCUACCCGAUAUGAUGAGUUUCCUGAGGGGUUUCGCGACAAGAUCGAACAAUGGAGAAGGCAACAGCAGGGGAGGGAAGAAGGCGAAACAGUUAUUCCAGGGGAACCGGCCAAAGCAGGCAGAUCUCUGGAACGCGCAUUAAACAAACUUGCUAUUUCAAAUCGGUCAUCCGCCUCGGUGUCGUCUCUUGCUGGCGUGAAUACUCACAAUGCCGAAUGCGAGAGUACCGGCAAUGGCAGCAAUGCAGUCUCCAGACCUGUCACUCCGCUCAUAAACCACAGCCGGCCUAGCACCCCUUCUCCUCGCAUGAGCAUGGACCUUGGUCUCGCUACUCACCUCCAAGCGGAUAAUGAGUUCCUCCGCGGUCUCGUCCAGCAAACGCAGCGAGAGAAGCACGCUUUGAUGGACACAAUCGAGGCUCUCCAAGCAGAAAAAUCUCAGCUGAAUGCGCAAAUCGAAAACAUGAGCCAGGAGCGCCACGCACUACUUACAGAGCGGGACAUCUUGCACGCUACAAUUAAGAAGCUGCAAUUUCCUACUGGAAUCAACCCCUAUAUUCAGGGUCAUAGCCACAUUGUACCAAUGAGAUCCCCGAGCGCCACCACUUUUCCAAGUCACAAUCCCUGGGGUGCGAUUGGAAGUGGGAGUCGAGGAACUAGCACCAGCCCAAACGGCACACCUGUCGACAGCCCUGCCAUACAACCGCGCAGCUUCAGUUUCGCCGCCCCAGCAGCUGUCGGUCCUGUGGGCAGCAUCCCGGCUCAUCUCGCCUACAACACUGGGCGGAUGAGUAUGAAAAGCUCAUCUGACACAACCUUGGACACCGCUAUACCAACCCAUGGAUCCGUCAACGGUAAUGGUGUCGAGCGUGGAAAUAUAAAGGCAGACGCGCAGCUCGCCGAGAAUCUUGUGUCAAGCAGCAUGGAAGGGGAGAGGCUGAAGGAUCUGUUGAGCAGCCUGGGGCCGAGUUUUUAA